ACCGCCGGAAGCAUGCUUGUCAAUUUGUAAACAAAACUACAUGCAUUGCACCACAAUGUAAUAACACUGAAUACUUUUAGAGCCAAAUAGUUGUAUACAAUUUCUGCGUGCUUCAAACUGUAAGUGAAAAUAAUGGCUGACAAACGAACCCGCGAUUCAGAGAGUCCAGGGGGUGAACAUGACAGUGAUGGGAAAAUAGAAAAACAACCGCGACUUGAAGGAAACGCGAGUCCAAGAGAUGAUCAUGGUGAUUAUGGCGAAUAUGAGGGUGAUGAUAAUAAAGGUGGCGUUGAUGAUGAAGAAAAUAGAGGUGGCGGUGAUGGUUAUGAUGAUGAUGAUCCGUAUGAUGAUGGUGCUGGCGGUGAUAGUGCAAACAUUUAUGGAAAAUACGAAUACCUUGAUCACACAGCUGAUGUGCAAAUUCAUGCCUGGGGAGAUUCACUGAAAGAGGCUUUUGAGCAGGCGGUGCAGGCGAUGUUCAACUAUAUGACCACUGACUUCUCCACUGUUGAAAUGACAGAUGAACAUGAGGUGGAGGCACAAGGAGAGGACCUGCAGUCUCUUCUGUUCCACCUCAUGGAUGAGUGGCUGUUUGCUUUCUCUGCUGAACCAUACUUUAUUGCACAGAAAAUAGAAAUUACAGAAUUUGACACAGAAAAUUUUCGCAUCAAAGCCAAAGGGUACGGCGAGGAGUUUGAUAUCUCCAAGCAUCCCCAGGGUACGGAGGUGAAGGCAAUCACUUACUCCAAUAUGCAGAUCCACGACUCGGAUGAGAAACACGAGGUCUUUGUCAUCAUUGACAUCUGACACAGAUGAACACUAAAAUAUAUGAGUUUGUCUUUGGGAAAGCGGGGCUUACAUUACAGAGACAAUAGUAGGGACAUGCAAUAAUAUUUUGGCCUCGCUUUAGGAAAACAGGGCUUAAUGCAUGAUUUACCUGACAAUAAAAUAACAAAAGAGCAAUAUGAGGGCUUGAUAAUUUUUAUGUCCCCCACCACUAUAGUGGGGGACAUAUUGUUUUUGCCCUGUCUGUUGGUCUGUCUGUUGGUUUGUUUGCUCCAACUUAAACAUUUUGCAAUAACUUUUGCAAUAUUGAAGAUUGCAACUUCAUAUUUGGCAUGCAUGUGUAUCUCAUGGAGCUGCACAUUUUGAGUGGUGAAAGGUCAUGGUCAUCCUCAAGGUCAGAGGUCACAAAAAUUCAAAGGGCACAGGAGGGGACAAAGUGUUUUGACAAACGCAUUUCUGAUUUUUUUUAAGUAAUAUCUAGAAAGACAUAUAAGCUUUGCUCUGGAAAGCAGGGCAAUCUGCAAAAUGCUAAUAAGGGUCAUCCCUCUCCGCCUUAAUGAUAUUUUUUGUUUGAAAAGAAUUCUCUUAUAAGCCAAAAAUCAGUUUUAGUGCAAAGUGUUCUCACUGAUUAGUCUUUGCAGAUGUAUAAACAGAGAUGACAUUUGACACAUUGAGACAUGUAAAAAAAAGACUACUGCUUAUGACCUUUUCUACAUUGGCAUUUACUACAUGUGAUAUAAAGACCCUGAUUAACAGUCAUGGUCAUAUUGUUGGUUUCAUUUUAAGUGCACAAAAGAUUUCAAUUUCCCUCACUUCAGCACUCCUGUUUUAAUUUAUGGAGAAUCUGCAUGCCCCAAACUUCUGUCUUCUGAAGUUCUCCUCAGUGUCACCUGAUGGUGGAAUCACAUUUUUGACACAUGAUGAUAUAUUAUCUGAUUACCGGUAAUAUCAUUUUUAUGCCCCCCUUCGAAGAAGAGGGGGUAUAUUGCUUUGCUCAUGUCGGUCGGUCGGUCUGUCGGUCCGUCCACCAGGUGGUUGUCAGACGAUAGCUCAAGAAUGCUUGGGCCUAGGAUCAUGAAACUUCAUAGGUACAUUGAUCAUGACUCGCAGAUGACUCCUAUUGAUUUUGAGGUCAAAGGUCAAGGUGACGGUGACCCGAAAUAGUAAAAUGGCAUUUGAAUGAUAACUCAAGAACGCAUACCCCUAGGAUCAUGAAACUUCAUGGGUAGAUUGAUCAUGACUCGCAGAUGACCCCUAUUGAUUUUGAGGUCAAAGGUCAAGAUCACGGUGACCCGAAAUAGUAAAAUGGUUUCCGGAUAAUAACUCAAAAAUGCAUACGCCUAGGAUCUUGAAACUUCAUGGGUAGAUUGAUCAUGACUCGCAGAUGACCCCUAUUGAUUUUGAGGUCACUAGGUCAAAGGUCAAGGUCACGGUGACCCGAAAUAGUAAAAUGGUUUUCGGAUGAUAACUCAAGAACGCAUAUGCCUAGGAUCAUGAAACUUCACAGGAAGAUUGAUCAUGACUCGCGGAUGACCCCUAUUGAUUUUGAGGUCACAAGGACAAAGGUCAAGGUCACGGUGACCCGAAAUAGUAAAAUGAUUUUCGGAUGAUAACUCAAGAACGCUUUUGUCUAGGAUCAUGACACUUCAUAGGUACAUUGAUCGUGACUCGCAGAUGACCCCUAUUGAUUUUCAGGUCACUAGGUCAAAGGUCAAGGUCACAGUGACAAAAAACGUAUUCACACAAUGGCUGCCACUACAACGGACAGCCCAUAUGCGGGGCAUGCAUGUUUUACAAACAGCCCUUGUUUUAUUACAAAUGCAAAUCUGCCUUUAUAUAGAUGUGAAGAAUAUAACACCACUUUGGCAUCAAUUAAAGAUGGUUUCUUUAAAUUCUGUCACAUUUAUGGCUAUAUUUUUGUUUGCAAUCUCAUGUGAGCAAGCUUUCCAUUGUCAAUGUUUUAUACUUUUAAUGUGCAUUUGCAUACAGAUGGUACAUAUGCUCUGUGGAAAGGGGAUUUAAUGCAUGUGCGUAAAGUGUCGUCCCAGAUUAGCCCGUGCAGUCUGUCUCUUCUUUGCAAAAAUCCAGUUUAGGUGGAAAAUGUUGUCCCUGAUUAGCCUGGGUGGACUGCAUUUAACCCCCUUUUCAAAGAGCACAGCCCAUAUACAAAAGUGUGCAUAUAUGUCUGUAUUUACACUGCAACGUGUGGGUAUUCUUUGUUAUUAAAAUCUGAAUAAAAAAGCUGUUGUGCA